AUGUUGCCCCGGCAAAACUCGCUACCUCCUCCAAAUACCACAGCAUGCUCCGGUUGGGAUUGCCUACAACAGUCUCAGCAAUUCGGUGUCAUUUUCAGCAUCAUCUUGAGCGUUUUCACAUUCGUCUUCCUUUACUGGUUCUUGUUCUGGCGACGCCGAAACCCACUGAUGAAGCAGCAUGACGACGAUCCAGACGUUGUUGAGAUCGAGCUCAGGUCUCCCAGCUUGCAAACAACAGCAGUAGUACGGUUUGCUCCAGGAGACCCAGGAGACGGGAGAAAGGCCAGUCGAAGCGAGACGGUUUUCAGGCUUUACAAAGAGAUACCUCAACCUGAGAACGAGCUCCCAAGGUAUUCAGCUCGCAGUGAUGGACGUUAUAUUCCGGAGGGUUCAUCGUUCUCUGAUUCCUCACUGUCGGAGCCACAGAGAGUGAAGGACCACAAGAGGACGCAGCCAAGGAACAAGCAAGGCCUCGACCUUUCGACUCCAGAACCCCAAAGUCUAGCCCACAAUCAAGCGAUUGGACAGGCAAAUACUAGAGAUGGUGCAUGUGAUUUCUGCAACCAACACAAUACCAUCUACUGUCAGCAACGAAUGCUUUAUAUGAACCGGCUGGGGACAAACUGGUAUAACCAACAGCCACGCAUACAUCCUAGACUACACGUAAUGCCAACAGCAAUGCCAGGUGUGCAGCUCGAUCAAGUGCCGAUGGUACACUGCUACCCAUACCGCCAGCCGUAUAUGGCUCCCGCAUAUGCAACCAUGCCUGCAAAUACGCCCGCAGCACCUAUGAUGCCAUCUCAACAGCCGCAGGCCACCUAUUUCUCUCAAAUUUCACACGGAGCUCAUGUAGUACCCAUAGUACAACCUUCUCAACCUUUCUUGGGAGCAACAACAGCUCAAGCCGAGCCGGCGAAGGCAGAUGUACGGAGGACAACAGCACCCAGGACUCGAAAUCCUGUUCCUGUAGCCCAGCCUUCGGUAUACCGGGACGCCCCAUGGUGGCGAAGUCGAUCAUCAAAUCGCCCCAAAAGCCCAGAUCAAAAUCUUUCGGCACGUCGAAAACCCUAUGAUUAUGGCAAGGAUGUGCGGCCAAAGUCACGAAAACGGGGCAGAUCACCAGAUGAAAAGAGACAAGAAGAGCAUUCAGCUAAGCUUUCGCAAAAACACCCCGAGCCAUCUUCGGAUUUUAACCUCUCUGACCUUGGCUCUCUGCCUUCGCACACUACUCUGGACUCAUACUCGUCACAUGGCUCUCAUAUAAACGGAUUUUCAAGGGACAAGAUACUUGCCGACUUUGAAAGAGCAAAGCUAGCCGAGUCAAAUUCACCAAGAACAGAAGUACUGGAGCCUGCGGAAGUGUCCCUGAGCUCAUCUGAUAGUUCUGUCAAGGAAACACUCAAGGACUCGGUUGUUGAAGGUCCUCAGCAUGAGCCUUCCGGCAAGCAAACCGCUGACAAAAUUCUCAUCACAAUUUCGCCUCCUACGUCUUCGACAAGGUCGGCAAAAACAGCAGCUGGCGGUGCUCGUGGCCCUGGUGAUGGCUCAGAAAUAAGAUCGAUUGACGGUAGAUUUGCCAGACUACAUCCUGACUCUGCCAGCAAGCGAGUACUUCCUGGUGGAGAGAGAGGUUAUAGAAAGGACAGCUCGCGGGACGGAGCUCAGGAAGAGACGAAACAACAGUUCUUGUCACCAAAAGAGACGCUACUUAGACAGGAUAUUAGCGCUCGUACAGACAACCGUCCAGUCCUGUAUCGAGUAGAAAAUGACGGAGAUGAAACUGCAUCUCUUUGCACGUCAACUCAAGCCAUGGCCUCGUCCAGCGGCUCGCCUGAGAAUGCGAAUUAUGACGAAGACGCCUCUCUUAAUAGUCACCACAGAAGACUAGCUAGCCGGGACCGCGAGGGUCGAAACCUGGAAGGGGUCGAUACGGAGAGUCAUGAGAACUACCCAAAGGGCUUUCACAAGGAUUCAGAUUCCGCCUCUUUCCGCCCGAGGCCACCAAGACCAUUCACAACAGAGGCGAUGUCAGAUAAUGAGGAUCAAUCCAGCUCUGGAGGUGCCGGAGACGAACUGGCCUUCAAAAACAGGGGUUCUUCUAGACAUGGACGGGGUGGGGUCGAUAGCAUGGUAGUACAGACUUCACCCCCUGAUGCCAUUGGAUUUUGCGAUGAUGAGCUACCGCCACCACCAAGUCUUAGACCCGGACGCAAGAAGCGUGGUGGCGAUAGCUCUGAGUUCUUUCGAUUUCGUGGAUCUGACGAUAAUGUUGAGAAUAAGUAAUGAGAUGAAGAUGGCAGGAGAAAUAGCAGUAAAGAGCGAUUUCUUUUCACACUCUCAUAGACAAUUGACAAUUGCCACUGGUAGAGUUUUGUUAUAGAAUAGUUUACCUAGAUAGGUAAGUCGUCUGCAAUAAACAUCAAGCGUAG